AUGGCCGGAACAAGUUUGUCUCUUGGAGCUAAUGUGACUGACCCUGGUGGUCUCGAGUCCUUAGAUGCUCGUGUACUGCAAUUGCUCGCUCAACGACCUGACGGAUUUAGUAAUGCAGAACUUCUUAAAGAAAUGUCGGCUAUGCAGCCUUCUAAUGAAACUCCUACAACCGCGGUCGAGUUGGGUGCAGUUGUGAAUCGGCUUCUUUCUGAAUCAAAAAUAGAAAUGUUAAGACGUGCAGAUCAAGCUAGUGGUGGAAGUGAUUUUUAUUUGCGUUUAAAGAAAGGCAGUGAUUUGACUAAUGUUAGUCCUGAAGAACAAUUGGUUUACUCAAUCGUUGAAGAAGCAAAGAGAAUGGGUGUUUGGAUUAGAGAUAUUCGUGAACGAUCUGGUCUGAACGAUUUACAAAUGAGACGUGUACUAAAAGCGCUUGAACAAAGAAAAUUGAUUCGAUCUAUUAAAGCAGCAGGAACAACUAGAAAAACUUAUAUUCUUUAUGGUCUCGAAGCAGACGAAUCUUUAACUGGGGGUACAUUUUAUUCUGAUCAACAAUUGGACUCUGAAUUUGUCCAAACACUUAUUCAUGUUUGUACUAAUUGGUUAUUGCAACGAGCUCGGCAAGCCGAAGAAUUACAUCGUUCAGAUCCAGUUGCACAACGCAUAUGCCGUGUGCAACUUGGUACUGCAGAUGUUGAAAGUGUGCUUGAUAUAGCUGUUUUAGAUGGGCGUAUGGAGAAAAGACUUGAUCGCUCUUAUAGAGCACUUCGACUACGGAAACGUACAACACCCUUAGCUUCUAUUCCAUGUUUACAAUGCCCAAUGAGUGGAGAAUGUACACCCGGUCAUGUAAUAUCACCAGAGAAUUGUGAAUAUUUUAGACAAUAUUUUGAACUUUAA